UGUAUGCAAAUACCAGCGAGUGUUGUAAUGGUUUACCGCUCCGCUUAUUCCCCUGACAGUCGGUUACUUGCAAAGGCACCAGGUUUUAGCGUCCUGUACAGUCAUGAAUCCGGAUCCCGUAGUAAUCGUCUCUGCCGCAAGGACACCAAUUGGGUCCUUCAAUGGGGUGCUGUCCACCGUCCCCCUGCAGGACCUGGGGGCGGUCGCAAUUAAGGAGGCCCUAAAGAGGGCCCAGGUGAACCCCGAGGAAGUGUCCCAGGUCAUCAUGGGUCACGUGCUGACAGCAGGUCACGGGCAGAACCCGGCGCGGCAGGCCAGUGUUGGGGCCGGGAUCCCCUACCCCGUCCCGGCCUGGAGCUGCCAGAUGGUGUGCGGGUCGGGCCUGAAGGCCGUCUGCCUGGGGGCGCAGUCCAUCCAGACCCAGGAGUCCAGCGUGGUGGUCGCUGGGGGAAUGGAGAGCAUGAGCAGGACUCCUCACACGGUGCAGCUCCGAGCCGGAAUCAAAAUGGGGGACUCCACCCUGCAGGACUCCAUCCUGGCUGAGGGCCUGACGGACGCCUUUCACCACUAUCACAUGGGCAUAACGGCGGAAAAUGUGGCGAAGCAGUGGGGCGUAACUCGCGAGGCGCAGGACCAGUUUGCCUUGUCCUCCCAGAACAGGACGGAGGCCGCGCAGAAGGCCGGACACUUCGACCGGGAGAUCGUUCCCGUCACCGUGCCGACCAGGAAAGGGCCGCUGGAGGUGAAGACGGACGAGUUUCCUCGCCAUGGGAGCACGCUGGACGCCAUGACCAAACUGAAGCCCUGCUUCGUGAAGGACGGCACGGGAACGGUCACCGCCGGCAACACCUCAGGGAUUAACGACGGGGCCGCGGCGGUGGUUCUGAUGACCCGGUCCGAGGCCCAGAGGAGGGGUCUGGAGACCAUGGGCCGAAUCGUGUCCUGGGCCCAGGCCGGCCUGGACCCGUCCGUCAUGGGGACCGGACCCAUCCCGGCCAUCAGGAAAGCGCUGGAGAAGGCCGGCUGGCAGGCGGAGCAGGUGGAUCUGUUUGAAGUAAACGAGGCGUUCGCCGCCCAGUCCAUCGCCGUGGUGAAAGAGCUCGGCCUGAGCCAGGAGAAGGUGAACGUCAGUGGAGGAGCCAUCUCAUUGGGCCACCCCCUGGGCAUGUCUGGCUGCAGGAUCCUGGUGACCCUCCUGCACGCGCUCCAGAGGACCGGGGGGAAGAAGGGGGUGGCGGCCCUGUGCAUCGGGGGUGGGAUGGGGAUCGCCAUGUGUGUGGAGAGGGACUGAUCACCCCCCCAAAAAAACUAAUCAUCAUUUUAACCUGGCUGGGAAUUAUGGGAAGAGUAGCUGGGUUUCGUAUGGCUUCCCAGAAUGCACUUCUGACAUUCCUCCAUCUUCUUAACUUUAGCAACACUACAUGCUUUUAGGGCAGGGAUAAACAACUCUGGUCAUGGAAUCCUAAUCCAGCCCUGGCUUUCUUUUCUCCUGGGUAAUUAGUGCCACUGAUUGGCUAGACACUCUCCACACCAACAGAUCUGUCCCGAGGAUAGUUAUUCGGUCAUCCUGCUUUAGGGUUUUAGAAACAAAACGAGUCUCGCCUUAGAAUCUGUGAAAAGUGCCAAGGGGCUAACAAGCCUUUAUUUUCAUGUUUACUGUAGAAUGGAAGAAUAUUUAACUUUCUAAAACUGUGAAUUAAUGCUGGCUUUAAAAAUGUGCAUGUUUACUAACUGGUUUAACUGUACAAUAAACAAUACUAUUGAACUUAUUGCUA